UGUUUCAGGUGAGAGGUGAUUUUAUUUUGACUUCAUUUCAAACUAAGCGUUGACGUUACAUCAAUGAUGUUAUUCUCCAAUUGUUCUUAUUUAUGAUUUGUACUUUUAAUCAUCAUGUACGGCACUAUAAAUGAUUUCAAUACACUGUUUUACAAAACAUCGUAUGCUUAUAGAUGUUUUCGGGUUUAAAUGAUGACUUCUGAACAGAACUGAUUUAAGUGUUUAUCUUCUGAAUGAUGUAAACUAACUAACUAAAAGUAGAAUAUCUAAUAAUUGUGCAAAAUUAAGUUUUCACAUCUGAAUCCAGAAGGUGUCCCUUUAAGAGAAGUUGAGUUGUAUCCGUCUCUGGGUGUGAAUUCUGAGAAGUGUCCUCUUAUCACACUUAUUCACACUUAUUCACACAUACACACGUAGCUGCUGUGAGGUCUGCAUGUCAUCAGUAAUACAAUUAACUAGUUUCUAUGUUCAGUUCAGCAUUUUACAGUAAAACCAGUUUGAAAUCAAAAGAAACCCUGGAAGUUGAUAAACUUGAAAAACAUGAAAAACAAGUUUCUCUGGGCUGAAUUUCCUGUUUAUUACGUACAAUGUUGCUAACCUGACUUCCUUUGUGUCUUUCUGCAGAUCCUAAGAUUCACAUAAACACAACACACACACACACACACACACACACACACACACACACACACACACACAAUCAUGCACUGAAACACACUCAGUGUUAACAGGUGUGUGUGACAUCAUGUCUGACUGGUGGCCAUUUUCCUCCUCCCCUCCUCCCAUAAUCCAUCACUCAUCUCCAUCCCAGUCAUCUCCCUUCACCUCCCCUCACCUUGUACCCCAUACCCAGGUAACCUCCCCUCACCUUGUACCCCAUACCCAGGUUACCUCCCCUCACCUUGUACCCCAUACUCAGGUAACCUCCCCUCAUUAUGUACCUCAUCCCCAGGUAACCUCCCCUCACCUUGCACCCCAUACUCAGGUAACCUCCCCUCAUUAUGUACCUCAUCCCCAGGUAACCUCCCCUCACCUUGCACCCCAUACCCAGGUUACCUCCCCUCACCUUGCACCUCAUACUCAGGUUACCUCCCCUCAUUAUGUACCCCAUCCCCAGGUAACCUCCCCUCACCUUGUACCCCAUACCCAGGUAACCUCCCCUCACCUUGUACCCCAUACUCAGGUAACCUCCCCUCACCUUGUACCACAUACCCAGGUAACCUCCUCUCACCUUGUACCCCAUCCCCAGGUUACCUCCUCUCACCUUGCACCUCAUACCCAGGUAACCUCCUCUCAUUAUGUACCUCAUCCCCAGGUUACAUCCCCUCACCUUGCACCUCAUACCCAGGUUACCUCCUCUCACCUUGCACCCCAUACCCAGGUAACCUCCCCUCACCUUGUACCCCAGUCCCAAGAAACAUCCCCACACCAGCACCACCUCUACAAUCAAGGCCCGGGUUUAGAUAAUCCAGAUUGGAGCAGAGCUCAACCACCUUCUGAACUUUCCUACCUGCUCAAGAGCUUCGGUUACCAGAAUCAGAGCACUGCCCACCUGGAUCUCCAGAACCAGAACCAGUUCAGUACCGGUGUGACUCACCACCAAGAUGAAUGGGUGAACCCACACAGACUGCCCUACAACACUCACACACACCUCUCCAGUGGCAUCUAUGGACCGGGUAACCCGUCUGGUCCGGUUCAGGGCACCUGGAGGCCAACUCCACCCCAGCUGCAGUGCCUUCCACUGGGCCCCAUGACUGGAGGAGUCGCUCUGGGGAGAUGGAGCUCCAUGGAGUUCAACUCACCAUCCGCUGAAGACUUCUCCGGCACCCAGUUCUUCCAUGACAGUUACCUUGAUGACUAUGCGCCCCAGCCCUUCUGCAGCCCCACCACCCCUGGUCCGAGUCCUCAUUACCCACAAACCCCAACUUUCUCCAGCCCCGGUCCUCAAAUGCAUCCCAGUACAGAGAGACUAGAUUUUAACAUACAACAGCUGAGCAGAGAUGAAACCCUCAGCUGUCUGCCCCACCCGCAUCAGACAUCCAGACACCUCCAGCAGAGCAGAAGUGAGCUGAUCCAGGACCAGACAGGUGUCCUCGACACCACAGAGAGCUGUUUCUCUCCACAUGGAGGAGGCCAGGACGUCAGCAGCGCUGCCCAGUCUCCAGGCCUCUCUGCUGGGCUGAGCUGGAGAGAGGAGAGUGGAGGAAGAGGAGGAAGAGGAAGAGGAGGAAGCAGAGGAGGAAGGAGAAGAGGAGGUGGAGAUACACAAAAAAUGAAACGACCACAACCUGAAACCAUCACCCAGGUUCUAAAGUCCAGGCUGCUGUGUACGGUGUGUAAACGUGAUUUCAGGAGUCUGCCGGCAUUGAACGGACACAUGCGUUCCCACAGCGGCUCCAGAUCAGCAUCAUGCUUGAACCCAGUGGUCCAACCCUCCGCCUCCAUGGUGAUGCCCGUCUCCGUGCCCGUCCAAUCCGGAGGCCCGGCCAAGCCGUGUCACGGUGGACAGAGGGGGCGGUGCAGACACCCGUCUCCAACCACGGGAGGCGAAGCGCCGCUCUACCGCAGCCUGUUGCACCAAGAGGAAGAAGAGGAUGAGGACGGUGGUAAGGCAGGUGAUGACGGUGCACACUACACCCCUCCGCCCGUGCUGUGUCCCAUCAGGGCGGGGCCGGGGUUGUACUGCUCCCUCGCCACCAGGGGGCAACAGAGAGUCCAGACUGUGAGGCUGAACAACAACAACAACAAAGGACUCGUGGUGACGGCCUCCCCUCCUGCCAGGACACUAAUCAAUAAGCCGCGGAUCAAUGAAGGGCGGCGCUUCCAGGCGGAAAUCCCGCCGCUGCGCGUUCGAAAAGAUGCAGACUCCCACAAUGCAUUGCUGCUGUGGACGCCAUGGGACGAGCUGGAGCAUCCCGUCAGUCAACACAGAGUUGAAGCUCUGUUGACGAUGGCUCGCUCCAACGUGGUGCCAGGGGGCGGGGCCAGCCCAGAGGUUGCCCUUGAUGUCCUAUCAGAGUGCAGAGGAGACUUCCUGCUGGCGGUGGAGAAGCUGCUGUCACCGCCCGAGACCUCCGACAACAAGCACACAGCUCACCGGCAUCCAGUCGUCAGCUGGAGCACAGCAGAGAGGAGGUUGCUGGUUAAAUCCCUGCAGCGUCACCAGAAAGACUUCAGCAGAAUCCAGAAAACCGUUCAGACUAAGUCACUUUCUCAGUGUGUGGAGUUCUACUAUCUGUGGAAGAGGAAGCUGAGUCUGAGCGCGAGGACCCCGGCUGGGCUGACCGUCUCUCUGCCCGACACGAAUAUUUUGAUCAGUUUGAUCAAGACUACAAAUCUCAAAUCAAGACUACAAGUCCCAAGUCAAGACUACAAGUCCCAAAUCAAGACGACAAGUCCCAAAUCAAGACGACAAGUCCCAAAUCAAGACUACAAGUCCCAAAUCAAGACGACAAGUCCCAAGUCAAGACUACAAGUCCCAAGUCAAGACUACAAGUCCCAAGUCAAGACGACAAGUCCCAAAUCAAGACGACAAGUCCCAAGUCAAGACUACAAGUCCCAAGUUCAAAAGUCAUCGAGAUCUCAUGCUGCAUCAUGA